GUCAGACGCCUGUGGAAUGGACCUAGGUGCUUGUUGGAUUAAUCCUUGCAUACCUGCAUGUCUGUCUGAGGAGGAGGGCUGAGGAUCUGCUGCAACAACAUCCAACUCGCGAAUGAGGAUGAAUGGAGAUGUUCUUUAGCUAAGGCUCAAGACAAAACACUUGCCAAAUCCAUCUCUGUGCAAACACCGCCUGGCAGCUGGAGAGGGGGAACGCAGUUGUGGAGUCGGCCGUGGUGAGGAGCCAGGAGGACCAGAGGCAGGAGGAGGGCCGAGACUCCGAGGAGCAGCCGCUGGGUCCAGAAGAGAUAGAAGAGGGAGGGGGAGAGGUGGCAGGUACCGGGCAUCGCAUGGCCGUGCAGAGGUUGGUGGCAGCAGCAGUGGUGGUAGCCCUGCUGUCCCUGGUGUUUAACAAUGUGGCAGCCUUCACGCCAAGCUGGGUUCUGCAGUCCUUGGAGGACGGACACAAGCGGAGCGUGGGACUGUGGAAGACGUGCCCAACUGGUGGGGAAAAAGGCCACGAUGACCUUCAGGCUGAGCGAAAGGGGCAAGGAGCCCAGAGACAGUGUAAAGACCUGGGAUGGGGCUCUGAGUAUGCAGGUUACCAAGAGUCCCGCAGCACCGUCAAACUGCAGUUUGACAUGAUGCGAGCGUGCAACCUGAUGGCAACCGUGGCUCUAACAGCUGGUCAGCUCAUCUUCCUCCUCGGCCUAAUAGAGCUGCCCUUCAUCACACAGGAGUCACCAUGGUGGGAGGAGGCCAUCGCUGCACUUUUCCAACUAGCCAGUUUUGUGCUGGUGAUCGGACUUGUAACCUUCUACAGGAUUGGACCCUACACACACCUGUCCUACUCCUGCUACUUCGACAUAGCUGCUUGCCUGUUGGCCACCGUGGCUGCAGCCAUGCUCAUCUGGAACAUUCUACACCGGCAUGAUGACUGCCGUGCAGGUCCGGUCAUAAUCAUCCGUCGCUCACCUUUCCACCCGCGUCUAGACAACGACUACGUGGAGUCGCCCUGUUGAGACAUGACCUCACAAUCCAACAAUAUGGAAUAGACAACACUGCUAAAAACUCCUGCUUAUAGUCUAAUCUGGCUAAGUGUCUUCAAGAGGAUAUUCCUGUGGGUCUACAUUUGAUGGACCAAUUAUACAAUUCUACUCAUCCCAACUCCUUCCAUGGGAAAUAUUUACCUGCUUAGCUCGCAAUAUUUUGGAUUUAACAUGAAAGCAAAAUGUAUCCAACAGGCCACAAUCUUCAAACAUUCACAAGAUGACAAUUAUACAUAAUACUACACACGUGUUCCAUUUAUUCACACUUGGAUCGUUAAAUAUUAAAUCUGGACUGGGACUGUCCUUUAACAAAGGUAUUGCUUGGGAACAGUUCAAGCUGGAACUUGACAUUUUUUGUCAGAUGUGCACUUACAUUAUGGAUUCUUGCCGACUAUAUGUGUUAUUACGCAUAACUUGGAUAGCACCUGUUCAAUUUGCACCACUUUAGAAUACAAGUUAAUGAAACCAGUUUAAAAAGAGUGACACAAAGUACAGAACAUUUUCUGUACAAUGAUUAAUUGGAAUAAAAAAAAUACAUGAUCAGAAAUUCAGAAUACCUCAUAUUUGUUUUCAUAACAUGUAAAGUUUAAAUUAUUAAAUAUUUAAUACACUAUAAUUCUAAGGAUAUAUGAUUAAAGCACAUAAAUAAUCUAACACUCAAACAUUUCUUUACUUCAUUAAAAUUCUUGUUGGGAUAAGUGAUAAUAUUUAGUUGGACAAAGAUUAAAAAAAAAAAAAAACACCGAAAUACACAAAUGAAUAAUUUAUCUAAUUACCAAAUACAGACAUUUUCUCUACUAAAAGACAAGGGCAACAAAGUGAUAAUUAUCUAAUGUAAAUUAGAUUGUAUAACAAAUUAUUUUAGAAUCUUAAAGUAGUAGUUUACAAAUUAAUGAUUAGAAUAAUUUUGGAAAUGACUCGAGUCAUAAACACUUUUAUACUUGUGCUAAUUUUGGGAAAGCAUUCCUUAGGAAAAUCUGCUCGCUUGUGGUACAUACUGUAUACUUAAAUUAAUAUAAUUGUAUAAAUAGUGUUAUCAUAUGUAGCUGUAUUACUGUGAUCAUAUCAUAAUUCACAAAACAACUCCAAGUAAUUUGUGGUUCUUUGACAUUGCCAAAUAUAGUGGCAAAUGAAAAUAAUAACAUGUCAUAUCAAAUCAAUAAAUAUGUUGAGAAAUAUUUAAACAUUGUAGCCCUUUGUUAGUGUUUCAUAUUCUACAACACAUUUUGCAGUCAUACAUAAAAACAUUAAUGAUGAAAGGUUUGGGGG